GGCACGACUCCCAUAACCGGCGUCCCGCUGAGCCGCGGUGCGAGCCAGCGACUCCAAAGCGCGCCCUCGGGGCUCUGACCCGCCCCGUUCGCCUCGGGGCGCUUCCGGCCCCCUCCCCUCCCCUCGUGCUCUUUGAUCCGCCCGGCGCGGGCGCCUCGGCGGCGCCGGGGGAGGCGGUUUCGGGGGGGGCGUGGUCAGCGCGAUGUGGGCGUGGUUUCACGGAAUAUAAAAGGCGCCGCCGCGUCCCCCCCCACGCUCGUCACGAGGGCUCUGCGGAGAUGGAUCCCGAGUCUCCCCCCCGCGAGCUGGAGCUGUCGGCGCUGGAGGCCGAGAAGGAGCCGAUGGCCGCGGCCGAGGCGGAGCCGGGGACGCCCCCUGAGGCUCCCCCUCCCCACCGCGACCCCUCCCCAGCCCCGGAGCAGCGGCAGGGCGGCGAGAAGAACGGGCUGGUGAUGAAGAUCCCCCCCGAGGAAGAGGAGGAGGCGGCUUUAGGGGGCACGGGGGUUUCGGGGAGCCCCAAAUUCACCGGGCUGGGCAAGGAGGAGCUGCUGAGGGAGGCGGGGACGCCGCUCUGGGCCCGGGCCCGCCUGGUGCUGCUCGUGCUCUUCUGGGCAGGCUGGCUCGGGAUGUUGGGGGCUGCUGCUGCCAUCGUGGCCCAGGCCCCCCGAUGCCAGCCCCUGCCUGCCAAAGCCUGGUGGGAGCUCGGGGCGCUCUACAGGGCCCCCCCCAAGGCUUUUGGGGGCAAUCUGGAAGGUGUGGUGAAACAUUUGGGGUACCUGAAGGAGAAGCUGCAGGUGGGGGGGCUGGUGCUGGGCCCUGUGGCCCCCCAAAAAUCCCCUGAGGAGCUCAUCCCCCCCCUGAGGGAGCUGGACCCAGCCCUGGGCACCAGCGAGGACUUCAGCACCCUCCUGCAGGCAGCCAAGGACAAAGGAGCCUGUCCUGUUUUCAGGGUGCUGGUGGGGGGCACCCGCCUGCAGGAGCCCUGGCUGCUGCCCCAGGUGCCGGGGGGGCUGCAGCUGCUCCUGGGGCCCUUCCUGCAGCCCCUGGAGCCCAGAGGGAGCUCGGAGUCGCCCUCGGGAGCCCUCAGGAACCUCCUCAACUUCCUCAGCUCCAGCAACUCCUCCGUGGGGCUGGGCUGGAGCGUGGGGUCCCCGUGGGAGGCCUGGGUGAGCCCCGAGCUGAGGCUGCAGCAGCUGCUGCUGCUCUGGGGGCUGCCCGGGACCCCCGUGCUGAGCUACGGCGACGAGCUGGGGCUGCAGCGGCCCCUCAGAAACCAGCAGUUGCCGUCGAUGCCGUGGGAAUGGAUCGAGGAACCGAAAACUGGCGGGAACGGCUCUGAGCCCCCCGAGCUGGAGCUGUGCACGGCCCUGGCCUCGCUGCGGGCCCACGAGCGCUCGCUGCUGCUGGGGGAGGCGCGGGCGGUGCCGGCGGGCCCGGCCAUGGCCCUGCUGCGGCGCUGGGACCAGAGCCAGCGCUUCCUGCUGCUGCUCAACCCCCAGGACAGCACCCUCAGACCCUUCUCGGACAAGAGAGACCCCGGGGACCCCCAGGAGCCCCCCCUGCCGGCCUCGGCCACGCUGCACUACAGCACCGGCCCCAAGGCGCUCGGGGAGCAGCAGGUGCAGCUGCAGGAGCUCCAGGUGGGGCCCUACCAGGGGCUCCUGCUGGGCUUCCCCUACAGCCCCCAGUGAGCCCGGGCACCCCAAUCCUGCCCUGACCCCCCCAGUCCUGCCCCCAGCACCCCAAACCCACCCUGAGCCCCCCCCCCCCCAGUCUUGCACCCCCUCAUUUCAGGGCGGGGGUCCCGCACUCAUCUCCCCUCGCUCAUUUUUUGGGUUCUCAUCCUGCUCCCCCUCCACCCCAAAGCUUUUUUUUGUUUUUAUUUCUUUUCUCCCCAACUCAGUUUUGGGGUUUUCUUUGUUUCCUGGGGGUGUCGGGGUCCCCGCCAAAUUCUGAAUAAAUGAAUUGCAUUUGUG